ACAAACACUGAAAGUGUGGACGAAAAAAAAAAAUGUAAACAUCGUAAACAUAGUAAUCUUGUUACUACUUCGUAAGUGGUGUCAGCAAUGUAGAGCAACGCCAGUGACGUGCUCCGCUACGUUACUGCCUGGGGGUGACGUAGUUUUGGCACGUUCGCGAGACAGACAAAACGUGCAUUCUUUUUCCCUCGUGCUCCUAGUGCUUCCCCUCUCACGCUCGAGACAGCCAGACAGCGAUGAGCAUCGCUCGCCGCAGUCCUCCGAACGCACCUCGGUCGGGGACGCCACUCGAACCACCGCAGACACGCAUCACUAGCCGUAUCAUCCAUCGCCCAUCGCAAUCUGCGAGCUUCGGACACUCGGUUGGAUGCUGAUAAGAUGGGGAGUCCUGCCGCCGCUCACGGCUUCCAAGUUUCCUGAAGCUAUGAGGCGAUCUUCGUCGCCAUGGCUCCGAAGUUUCGGUUUCGCCGUGGUCGUCGUGCUCAUCGUCGCAUCGUGCCUUAUUGCCGAAGUCGGAGCGUCGCCCGGGGAUCAAGGGGCCGCGUACCAGUCGUGCGUGCAGCGAUGCCUGACCGGCAACUGUUCGACGAGCGAACUGCUGACGCUGUUCAGCGCCCAGCGGCCUUGGUACCUCGGGGCGCUGCGCUGGGACUGUGCUGAGGAGUGUCGCUACGACUGCAUGUGGCAAGCGCUGCAGUUUCUGCGGAAGCGGGGGAGACCCGUCACCCAGUUUCACGGAAAAUGGCCGUUCCUGCGGUUCUAUGGCAUCCAGGAGCCGGCCUCUGUGGCAUUCUCCAUCCUCAAUGGGUUCUGCCACCUGUGGAUGUGGCGCAAGUUCAGGCGCCUGGUGCCCCGCUCCGCCCCCCACUACCUCAUCUGGAAAGGGCAAGCUGUACUGUCAAUCAAUGCCUGGUUCUGGUCAACCGUCUUUCAUGCUAGGGAUACUCCAGUUACUGAGAAACUGGAUUACUUUUGUGCCUUCUCCCUGGUGCUCUAUUCCCUGUACAGCCUUUUCAUGAGGGUCCUUGGAACACCGCACAGUGUGCUGGCCUCCCUGUCGGUGACCAUGCCUUUUGUGGCCUUCUUUGCCUACCAUAUCCACUACCUGGCCUUUGUGCACUUUGACUACGGCUACAACAUGCUGGCCAACGUCACCGCAGGGCUGCUCAACUCGCUGGGCUGGCUGGCGUGGUGCUGGUGGCACCGGCGCAGGCGCCCCUAUGUCUGGCGCUGCGCCUUGGUGGUGGCCGCCCUCAACCUGCUUUUGCUCCUCGAGCUGGGGGACUUCCCCCCGUGGCACUUCCUGCUGGACGCACACGCCCUCUGGCACCUGGGCACGGCACCUCUGCCCCUCCUGUGGUACAGGUUCUUGAUUGACGACAGCCUGUACGAGUUACACAAGAGCAGCAAGGCUGCGAAAGACGGCGGUACCCAGAACGGAGCGAGCCCGCUCCCAUGCCCUUCUUGCGAGAGCCACGAUCCGUUGCUCUCUAAAGUGGGCGGCCAACUCACACAAAACGGCAACAGCAUCGGGGACUGCUCGGGGUACACCUGACACGUACAUCAUCCCUGGACGGUGCACCUCCGACGUCGGACCGUCCGAGUGCCAACGUCGGGGGCCAUCGUGUCGGAGGAGCUUCUGCAAAUGCCAAACGCUUGGGCGCGGUUUCUGCUUGGGACGCCAGACUUUGGGUGACGGGAGUAUGUUUGUUCGACUUUGACACAGCUUUUACUGCACGUUACCUCGUUGGUUUGUUUGUUUGUUUGUUUGUUGUUGUUGUUAACCAUUUCUGGUAAAGAAGUUUAAAGGGCCAAUGUUUCGAGAAAGUUGUCUAGGCACAUUUGAGCCGCGGCGGACGUUGCUCCAUGUUCUAUCUUCCUGUUGUUUGCUCCAAGAGCAAAUGUAGCACUCUUGACAACUGGCACUGGUACGAGCGCCAUUGUAUCCGCUUCAAUAUUUGAGGUCGUCUACCGCAGCAUCGCUUCCCCACUACUUCUCUACAACCUUGUGGUGCAGCCUGGUGCAAACAGUCUCUUGUAGAAAUUGUAUGCGUAAACAAGCGAGUUGGCUCUCCCACCACAGCAACGCCGUCGAAGAUCGUCGAACCAUUCCAACUGCCAAAACAUUCGGCUGUACCACAAAGUUGGAGCGGCCGUGACCUCUUCACCACCUAGUCCUGCCUUCCAUCUCUCGUCAAGGAAACGCUCACACUUCCUAGCUACGCGAAUGUAGAGAUCACUUCUGGUGUAACCGAGACAAUCCGCACAUGCUUACACCACUUUACACAUCUGACACGGCUCACGCACGCAAUAAGUGGAAGUAUCAUUAAACCUAAUAUUACACUGCGUUACCUCCUGCUUCCUGGGACGAAGAGAGAGAGAGAGAGAGACUUGCCCGUGCCAAAAUACAAACGUAUCCGACAGUCGGUUUCGAGUCCUGCCAUCUAUGUAAGAAACGCCGUGCUUUUUCGAGCUUUGGAAGGCUUCGUUAAAACAUUGGGGCUUGGUAGGUUGCCAGGGGAUACAUUUCCCGAUCACUAGGUCGGAAACAAACCAACCUGCAUAUAUGAGGUUUGUUUCCCACAAGUCGCAUAAAACGAGACCCUUAGCUCCAAGUCGUGUUACUAGGAUGAUACGGCAGUCCCAACGAGUUUAUGGAAACGAGUUGGAGGGGAGAAAAGUUACGCACAAUUUUUUUUUUUUUGCGCAAUCUAAUUGCAAAUACUGGGCCUUCUUUUUUUUUGUUUUCCACGUAAGAGCAGUUGUAUAAUCUGUUGCAGGUUAAUAAAAGUGGGACAAGCUCCUGCCACAAAGCCCUCCACUUGUUCCACUUCGCAGAGUGAGCUGCAGAGAGGAGGCAAGUGGAAAGGAGAAAAUUAUCGUGGCGAGCGGAGAGCUUUGUAAAAGGAACUUGUCCUGCUGUUCCCUGCAACAGACUGUAGUGAAUGACACAUUUCACUUUGUUUAGGUUUCUGCGGAAAUGGAGCUCGGUACUCCGAAAGAAGUGACUGGCUCUUUAAAGAUCAAGACUAUUCGUUAACAUUCGGAUUAGAAAAAUAGGAAAGCAGGUAAACUUCUUUUCAGCCGAACGUGAACAAUAUUGUAGGCCGCGCUUGCAGCACACCGUGAAUACAUACGUGCCUUGAUCGUUCCACCGAGCGAACAAAUGCAGACGGUUGCCCUCGUUGAAGCGUUGCAUUCCAGUAACCUUGUCUCGUGUACAAAAGAGUGAACGGUGGAGGGUUCAGGGUUCUAUUUUCGCUCUGCAUUUAGUCUAGUCAAAAGAGUUCACCAUUCCCGUCUGUUGCAGACAAGGCAGAGCCAGAUCAAAGGAUAGUACUAUAUAGCACUAUAUGCAGAAUGCUUGUUUACAUUGUUGCCCCACUACAGCGUAGAGUUGGCUAGGGUGUUUUGCGGAGGGUUGGGUUGGAACUCCUUUUACUGGGUUGGACCUGCAUUUUGGACGUUCUUAAUAAAGAGGUUUAUAGCAAA